AUGAACAUCAUCAAAGUCGUUUGGUUCACACCACCCAAAAACCUUGUCAUCAGCAUGUACCACGAUCCUGUCAAACUCUUUGCCCAACCAUUUUACAUCAUCAUUGAAGGUCCCAAUAAUCGCUGGCGUCAUGAGGCCGCUCGUCAGCCAUAUUCUAAGUUUGAGGCACUGCCAGUUCCAAAACCCCAAGUGGAACUGGUCACGAGGGUGUCAUCAGUAGGGAAGGCUCAUGUAGACAAAGGGAAGGCCGAAAUGAGGGCCAACCUUGCGCCAUAUGAUGCAACUGCUCCACGUCAGAAUAAAGCUGUGUCUGGCCAUGACAAGUAG